AUGUUAGCUGGGGCAGAACAAGACUUCACACUGAAUGAGUGUGUGAAUGAGGCUUAUAUGGGUGUGAAUGAGGUGCAGGAGAGAGCCACGGAGGUGCGAUCUAUGACAGGAGGAAGCAGGUGUUUGGUGUUGAUGUCAGUGUGUCUCGGGCUCAUGUGUGUUCUUCUGCUGGUCUUCAUCACACUGUACAUCACCAUCACAGCAGAGAGAGACCUGUUAAAGAGUUACAAGAACACAGUUGAAGAGUUCAAUCACACUAUCAACAGCUUACAGGACAAGAACACUGAUCUAAUGACUGAAAAAGACCAACUGAAGAACAACUUCAGCUCUUUGAAUCAGAAGAAACUGGAGCUGGAGACCAGAGUCAAUGAUCUCAGUGCUGAGAAAAGCCAGUUACAGAGAAGUGUUGACUCUUUGAGUCAGAAGAAACUGGAGUUAGAAAGCAAAGUCACAUCUUUGAGUGAGAAACUGACAAAAGCUUUUAACGAAGGAUAUCUGUGUAGUUUAGAUGGCUUUUUCCUGUCCAAUGAGUCGAAGAGCUGGUCUGAGAGCAGGAAAUACUGCAGAGAUCGAGGAGCUGAUCUGAUCGUUAUCAACACUGAAGAGAAGCAGAGGUGCAUAAGUUCAUUCUAUAAGGAGAGAGUGUGGAUUGGUUUGUCUGACAUUGAGAACGAGGGCAUUUUGAAAUGGGUGGAUAAUUCAACACUGAAACAAGGGUUUUGGAAAGAGGGUGAGCCGAAUGACGAUGAUGGAGAUGAAGACUGUGUUGAAAUUAUGAAUGCAUGUUCAUCUUCAAACCUGAACAACUGGAAUGAUCUCCCAUGCUCUCAUAAGAGAAAAGGGAUUUGUGAGAAAUAG